AUGCCAGGCACCGGAAAGACGCUUGCCGUCAACAUUGCCACGGACGUCUUGCGGGGCUCCGGCGCCGUGCCCUUCUUCCGCGCCUUCUGCGAUGUGGCCAACUCAGUCUUCCGGUACCAGUGCUCCAAAGAUAGCACGAGCACGCAGAUCCACGAGGUCUUCGAGAGUGCCGUGAGGGCGAAGCAGCGCAUAGACAUCGAGGAGAGCGAACGACGCCCGGUGGUCUUCAUUGAUGAGGCCGGCUUGCCCGAGGAGAAGGUGGAGAGCCUCAAGGCAAUCCACUACUGGAUCGAUCAAGGAUCGGUUGCUUGCUGCAUUUUGGCCAACAAGCCGCUGGAUGCUGCAAAGCGCAACAGAUGCCUGCAGGUCUUCCGAGACGAGGCCGAUGGUGAAGACCUGAGGCUGCUGGCAUCUGAAUGCUUGGGGGUCAGCCGCGAUGACCCUGCCUCCCGCUGUCUGGUGAAUGGCUUCUGCAAGGCAUUCCAGGAGAUAUCAGCGGGUCGGUGGACGAAUGGCCAGGAUGCCUUUGGAAUCUUCCACCUGCGAGACUUCCACCACUGCCUCCGCUACCUCCGAAGAUUCGGGCUGGUGCAGAAUGGAUCCGUGUCAGGGCAGAGCGUGCUUCGUGCGCUGGAGAGGAACUUCGGAGGACUCACGAAGGAGGAGUUCACGGCCUUGUGCAAAGUAUUCUUCAGACACCUCCGCGAGGAGACGGGAGGGCGGAUAGCGGAGCUGGAGGUGAACUGGUUCCGAACCACACUGGCCGUGUUGCAAGAGGCCCUGCUUGACCUCCCAGAAAGAGACCUCAGGGAUGCGAAUUACGAGCCAUGCCGCUACAAGCUCAUCAUCGACGAGACCGAGGAUGGCGGGGCUGUGCGGGUCCUGCAGUCGGCGGGCCUAUUCCCAGCACAGGUCCCAGUUCUAGAGGUGAGCACGUUGCCAGGUGACCAGAGUGACCUUCAUCGCAGCCAGGUCGUGAGUGACAUCCGCAGGGCUGCCGAGCGCCCGGGCAUGUGUGUCAUGGUCGACUUCGACGAGAUCUUGGAUGGCUUCUACGACCUUCUGAACCUCCGCUUCCAGCGCAUUCAAGCGAACGGCCGCGUGAGCUUCGCAGCGACGGUGGCUGCAGGAAGCUACUCGGUCCUGGCGCCGGUUGAUCCACGCUUCCAAUUGGUGGUGUGCAUCAGGGCCAAGGACCUUGCACUGACCCCUCUGCCCUUCUUGAACCGCUUCGAGAAGUUUUACCUGGGUCCCGGCGACCUGGCCAUUCACACUGCCGACAUCCUAUGCCAUCGUCAAAUCCACCAGCACUUCCUCAGAGACUACCUGCUGCAGCCCGUGCGCCAGCGACUGCAAGCUUUGGUUCAGCUUCUGGGCCCUGCAAGCCUCAUUGGCUUCGAUACCGCCACCAUGGAUUCAGCGAUCAAUGAAGCCAUGCAGACCAGCCGAUGCCAGACGGCAUUGCAGUUGCUUUCGGCAGGAUGGGAGGAGCGCACGGAGGGCGCGGCCGAGGAGACUGAAAAGCCGAUUUCUGAGGAGUGGCCGCUCGACAUCGGUCAGGCAAGGCCAGAAAGGGCCGAAAUCGCCGACCCCGUUUGCUUUGGCCAUGAGAACGCAGGGAAUACAUGCUUUUUGCAGGCAUCCCUUGUGCUGUUCUGCGUGCACGAGAGGCACCUGUUGCCACCAGAGCAUGAGGCAGAGCCUGUCUUUCUCACUGACUUGCGCCACCUCUUGAGGAAGUCGCGCCGGCAGUGUGUGCCACGUGAGGACGUCUGGUCGCUGGCGCAGAAACUUGAACGAUCGGGGAUCAUGCAGCCAGGGCAGCAGGACGAUGCAGUGGAAAUGUUCGAGGCUUUGCUCGACGAGUGUAAAUGUUCAAAGCUGGCCUUGCCCACCAUGACGUGUGCCAGGAAGUCUGACUGCGUCGGUCUCAGUGACCCUUCCAGCAAGGUGUACGUGUCCACCGCUCUGAAUGAGUGGGUGCUGCGGACAGCCAUGGGGACUGACAAGAGCUUUGCGACCUUACUGCAAGACAUCGUCAUGGAAACCGUGACGCCCUGUAAGGUCGAAAUGGGCGAGGAGGGCAAGAUGACCGAGGUGGAGCUGCCCACCGCCGUGCGUGCCAGGCGGCGCUUACCUGGGUCGUUGCCCCCCGCUAUCUUGCCCAUCUGCUUUGGGCGGUGGGAUGAAAGCAGGCAGAAGAAUGACGGCAGCCUCAAUGUGCCCAUGGACUUGACCCUCCCACUGUUGCCACCAUCACAGGAGACCUUGGCACUUCAUCACAUGGAGCAUUGGAGCUAUGAGCUGGUCUCCUUCAUCGUCCACAUUGGCAGCUUGGAGAACGGGCACUACGUCGCCUACUUUAAAGCAAGAGGCGGCUGGGAGGUCGUGGACAACGAGCACUGCUCCCGCCUGAUGCCUGAGGAUGCCAAGUACCAGGCAGGCAAGGCGUAUCUGUUGGUCUACAGGCUGGUCGACUACAAGGGCACCUUUCCCGCAGAGACGCUGUCUGAACCGGAGCUUCGGGGCAAGCGGGUGGAGGAUCGGCUUCAGGAAGCUGUGGCCCUGCUGGCGGAGGAGGCAGCGAAGCGAUUGCUCCAGCUGGCGCCCUCGGAGACGGUGCUGAGCCACCGCAAGUCACUCCCAGAAAGCCUCACCACAGGCUAUGCGGAGCGGCCGCACACGGGCUUGGCUUCGGUGCUUGCAGAGCUGCAGUCAGGGCAGUCUGCGCUGUCCGGGCCAUCCGGGCCGUCCGGGUUGUCCCGGCGCUUUCUGCUUUUGACCCGCGACGUGCUCCUUGCUUCCGGCGACUGCCCCACGGCGCAUCUCAGAAGAAGGGACAUGGAAGUCCGCCUUUUGCCACGGACCAGGCAGGAGACCAUCGAGCUGCUGAGGUCAUGGCAGUCAGAGUCGAAGCCUCUGAUGAUUGUGUGCCGCCUGUCCAGCAGCAUGUCCAAGGGCACGGAGAACGUGCAGUGCACGUCGCGGGCGGUACAUCAGCUACGCCGCCUGGCCGAUGAGCUUGACAUCAACGGCCUCAUCGUGACGCUCCUACUACCACCAAAGGCAUUGCACGAGAGCCGCUGUUAUGAAGCAGCCUUCCUCGGUUCUUGGCAGAUCUUUCACCUGGACAGUUUGGAUGAUGCAGAAUCUCCUGCCUUGGUGGCGUCCAUCUUGUCCCCAAGCAUGCCAGACGUGAAGGGGUCUGUGUCUGGUGAAGGCGAGCUUCAGAAAGACCUGUGGGCAUCCGUGGCGAGACUCCCGGUGUCCGAGCCGAUGCGGAUAUCAGCGGAGGCCUGGGUGCAUGAGGCCAAAGGCUUCUACUCUGGCGAAGCUUUGCAAACGCGGGUGGACCUGCUUUGGCAGCUCCUGACAGAGCCCAGUGCCAUCUUCCUACUGGAGGAGUUGCAGAGGAUUCGUGCUGCGGCGCUUCAGGACGUCUCCCUCCACCAGGCCCGGUGUGGUUCUCUACUUUAUGACUUGGUGGCAGCCGCUUUUGUUUCAUAG